AUGAAGGCGGCGCCGGGCAGCGCCGAGGAAACGGAGAAGCUGAAUAAGAUGAGUACCCUCUUAGAAAGACUUCACGCAAAGUACAACCAAAACAGACCUUGGACAGAAACCAUGAAGUUAGUCCGUCAAGUCAUGGAAAAGCGAGUUGUGAUGAACUCUGGGGGGCACCAACAUCUGGUGAGCUGUUUGGAGACUUUGCAGAAGGCGUUAAAAGUAUCUUCUCUGCCGGCCAUGACAGAUCGCUUAGAGUCUAUAGCUAGACAAAAUGGCCUUGGAUCUCACCUUAGUGCAAAUGGCACUGAAUGUUACAUCACUUCAGACAUGUUCUAUGUGGAAGUCCAGUUAGAUCCUACAGGGCUGCUGUGUGAUGUCAAGGUGGCUCACCACGGAGAAAACCCUGUGAGUUGUCCAGAAUUGGUGCAACAUCUGAGAGAGAAAAAUUUUGAUGAAUUUUCUAAGCAUCUAAGGGGGCUUGUGAACCUGUAUAAGUUGCCAGGAGACAACAAACUUAAAACUAAAAUGUACUUAGCUCUGCAGUCCUUAGAGUUGGAUCUCUCAAAAAUGGCAGGGAUGUAUUGGCAAGCCACCAAUGCAAAUCCCCUCGACAAGAUUCUUCAUGGCAGUGUUGGCUAUCUCACCCCCAGGAGUGGAGGUCUCCUGAUGAAUCUCAAGUAUUAUGUCUCGCCCUAUGAUUUAUUUGAAGAUGGCACUGGAGCCCCCGUUAUUUUGCAUGAGAACAAUGUUCCUCGGUCUUUGGGUAUGAAUGUGUCAGUAACAGUUGAGGGAACCAUGACUAUGUACAAACUUCCAAUUGCACCACUGAUUAUGGGCUCUCAUCCAGUUGACAGCAAAGGAACUCCGUCUUUCUCGUCAAUCACCAGUGCCAACAGUGUGGACUUACCAGCUUGUUUCUUCCUGAAAUUCCCACGUCCCAUUCCAGUGUCUCGAGCUUUCAUUCAGAAACUUCAGGGCUGCACAGGUAUUCCAUUGUUCGACACACCGCCAACGUUUGUACCCUUGUAUGAGUUGAUCACACAGUUUGAGUUAUCCAAGGAGGCUGAUCCUCUACCUUUAAACCACAAUAUGCGCUUCUAUGCAGCUCUUCCAGGACAGCAGCACUGUUACUUUCUGAACAAAGAUGCUCCUCUCCCAGAUGGAAGAAGCCUUCAAGGAACUCUGAUUAGUAGAAUCGCCUUCCAACACCCUGGACGCGUUCCUCUCAUCCUCAAUUUGAUCAGACAUCAGGUGGCGUACAACACGCUCAUUGGCAGCUGUGUCAAGCGGACAGUUUUAAAAGAAGAUUCUCCUGGGAUCCUGCAGUUUGAAGUUUGUCCUCUCUCUGACUCCUGUUUUAGUGUAUCCUUUCAGCAUCCUGUGAAUGACUCCCUGGUGUGUGUGGUAAUGGAUGUGCAAGACUCUACUCAUGUGAACUGUAAGCUGUACAAAGGGCUGUCCGAUGCUCUUAUCUGUACAGAUGAUUUCAUUGCCAAAGUUGUUCAAAGAUGUAUGUCCAUUCCUGUCACCAUGAGAGCAAUUCGUAGAAAAGCAGAAACGAUUCAAGCAGACACACCAGCCUUGUCCCUCAUUGCAGAGACAGUAGAAGACAUGGUGAAGAAAAACCUUCCCCCAGCCAGCAGCCCAGGGUAUGGCAUGACCACAGGCAGCAACCCAAUGAGUGGUACCACUACCCCAACAAACACUUUUCCUGGGGGGCCCAUCACUACUUUGUUUAACAUGAGCAUAAGCAUGAAAGAGAGGCAUGACUCGGUGGGCCAUGGGGAGGACUUCAGCAAAGUGUCUCAGAACCCUAUUCUCACUAGUUUGUUGCAGAUCACAGGGAAUGUGGGGUCUACCAUUGGCUCAAGUCCAACCCCUCCCCAUCACACACCACCACCAGUAUCCUCACCAGCAAGCAACACCAAGAACCACCCCAUGCUCAUGAACCUUCUUAAAGAGAAUCCCCCUCAGGAUUUCUCCACUCUGUACGGGAGCAGCCCUCUCGAAAGGCAGAACUCUUCCUCUGGCUCCCCCAGAAUGGAAAUGGGCCCUGGGGGGAAUAAGCAAAAGAAAAAAAAAUCCCGCAUGCCGGCCGACAAGCCCAAGCAUCAGACUGAGGAUGAUUUCCAGAGGGAGCUCUUUUCAAUGGAUGUUGACUCCCAGAAUCCCAUUUUUGAUGUCAACAUGACUGCAGAUGCCCUGGACACCCCUCAUAUUACUCCAGCACCCAGCCAAUGCAGCACUCCUCCUACUACAUACCCGCAGCCUAUACCUCACUCGCAGCCCAGUAUUCAGAGAAUGGUUCGACUUUCUAGUUCGGACAGCAUUGGAGCCGAUGUUACUGAUAUCCUUUCGGAUAUAGCAGAGGAGGCUUCCAAGCUACCCACCACUAACGAGGACUGUCCACCCAUUGGUACUCCAGUGAGAGACUCUUCUAGUUCAGGACAUUCACAAAGUGCCCUCUUUGACCCAGAUGUUUUUCAGACUAACAAUAGCGAGAACCCGUACACAGAUCCAGCAGACCUGAUAGCAGACGCUGCUGUGAGCCCCAACAGCGAUUCUUCAAACCAUUUUUUUCCAGAUGGAGUAGAUUUCAAUCCUGACUUGCUGAACAGUCAGAGUCAAAGUGGCUUUGGGGAGGAGUACUUUGAUGAGAGCAGUCAGAGUGGAGACACUGAUGAUUUCAAGGGCUAUGCAUCCCAGGCUCUAACUACUUUGGGGGUGCAAGUCUUGGGGGCUGAUGGGGGGGAAAAUAAAUUUAAGGGGAGCAAUCAGUCCGAUACGGUAGAUUUUAGUAUUAUUGCAGCCGCAAGCAAAGCACUGGGGUCCUCUGACAUCAUGGAGCACCACAGUGGAGGUCAGAGCCCUUUACUGAAUACAGGGGAUUUAGGCAAAGAAAAGUCUCAGAAACGGGUAAAGGAAGGCAAUGGUUCUGGAAGUAACAUGGCGGGUCCCGGGAUAGACGGGAAGCCGGGGAAGCGCAGCCGGACGCCAUCCAGUGAUGGUAAAAGUAAAGAGAAACUUCCAAAGCGGAAGAAGCAGGAGACAGAUGGGAAAUCUCCGUCUCACAGUUCAUCAAACAGGCCUUUCACGCCACCAGCAAGCACAGGUGGGUCCAAAUCUCCUGGGAGUUCAGGCAGAUCUCAGACUCCUCCCGGUGUAGCUACUCCUCCUAUUCCAAAAAUAACCAUUCAGAUCCCAAAAGGAACAGUGACUGUUGGCAAACCGUCUUCACACGGCCAGUAUACGAGUAGUGGCUCUGUCACCUCCUCCAGCAGCAAAAGCCAUCAUAGCCAUUCUUCCUCCUCCUCCUCUUCUUCCUCUUCUUCAACCUCAGGCAAAAUUAAAAGCAGCAAAUCGGAAGGGUCUUCUGGCUCAAAGAUGAGCAGCAGCCUCUACUCAAGCCAAGGCGGCUCAAGUUCAGGUCAGUCCAAAAGCUCAGCGCAGUCGGUGGGAAAGCCUGGAUCCUCCCCCAUCACCAAACAUGGCCUCAGCAGCGGUUCUGGAAGUACCAAGAUGAAACCUCAAGGAAAGCCAUCGUCACUUAUGAACCCUUCCAUGAGUAAACCAAACAUCUCUCCGUCUCAUUCUAGACCUUCGGGAGGUUCUGACAAGCUUGCUUCUCCCAUGAAACCUGUCCCAGGUACUCCCCCGUCAUCUAAAGCAAAGUCACCUAUCAGUUCAGGUUCCGGAGGCUCCCAUAUGUCUGGGACCGGAUCAAGCUCAAGUAUGAAAUCGUCUUCAGGAAUGGGAUCCUCUGGGUCUAUGUCACAGAAACCACCUCCUUCAUCAAAUUCUUCGACGGCAUCUUCAUCUUCCUUUUCGUCUAGUGGGUCUUCCAUGUCUUCAUCUCAAAACCAGCAUGGAAGUUCCAAAGGCAAGUCUCCAAGCAGAAACAAGAAGCCAUCUCUGACUGCAGUCAUAGACAAACUUAAACAUGGGGUUGUCACUAGCGGGCCUGGUGGAGAUGACCCAAUGGAUGGACAAAUGGGGCCAAGUUCCAAUUCCUCAAGCCAUACUAUGUCCUCCAAACACAAUAUGUCCGGAGGUGAGUUCCAGGGCAAACGUGAGAAGAGUGACAAAGAGAAAUCUAAAGUCUCUGUUUCUGGAGGAUCUGUUGACUCUUCCAAGAAGACUUCAGAUUCCAAAAAUGUUGGAAGCACUGGAGUGGCCAAAAUUAUCAUCAGCAAACACGAUGGUGGUUCCCCUAGCAUUAAAGCCAAAGUAACUUUGCAGAAACCUGGGGAAGGAGGUGGGGAUAGCCUAAGGCCUCAGAUGGCUUCUUCCAAAAGCUAUGGGUCCCCUCUGAUCAGUGGAUCUACUCCAAAACAUGAACGCUGCUCUCCCAGCCACAGUAAGUCACCAGCAUACACUCCCCAAAACAUAGACAGUGAGAGCGAGUCGGGCUCUUCCAUAGCGGAGAAAUCCUAUCAGAACAGCCCCAGCUCUGACGAUGGCAUUAGGCCUUUGCCUGAAUAUAGCUCAGAAAAACACAAGAAGCACAAAAAAGAGAAGAAAAAAGUGAAAGACAAGGACCGGGACAGAGAUCGGGAUCGGGAUAAAGACAGAGACAAGAAGAAAUCUCACAGCAUGAAGCCAGAGAGCUGGUCUAAGUCCCCAAUUUCAGCUGACCAGUCUCUCUCCAUGACAAGCAGCGCUAUCCUUUCGGCUGAGCGACCAUCCCGGGCUAGCCCUGAGUUUUUGAUCGGGGAAGAAGAUGACGAUCUCAUGGAUGUUGCUCUAAUCGGCAAUUAAUUUUCUUAGUGUCUUUAAAAGAUGAGCUGUAUGCAGGACCUGCGGGUUCUAGAGGUCGCAAGAAAGGAACCGUUCAUUGCAAACCUGCCACGCUGAUUUUUACGGGGUGUGUUUGACGAGGAAAAAAAGUAUUUCCAAGGAUCUCCAAAGUCUGAACAGAAAGUGUGAGUGCCGGCAGCUCAUUCAGCAAGCCAGGUUCCUGACUGUGGCCUUCAUCCUGCGGACACUUACACUCAUUCUUAAUUUAUAAGUAUUAAUAGCCCCAUUAGAGUUAAUGGGCAUAAAGCUAAGUAUGUGUGUAAGUGUGGGAGCAGACCCCAAACUGGUGCAAACAGAAACAUAGGCUAUUCUGGGAGAGUCCGAGUUCCUCUGCCCCUCUUCCCGUUCAGAAUAAGUUGCUUUUGUAUUUAGGAAGUUUUAAACUAAUUAUUUUAGGACAUGUUUUAGGGUUGGGUUUUAUUCUUUUUAAAAGGGUGGUUGGAAGGAAAAAAAAAAAGGGGGUUUGAAUUUAUUUUAUUUUUGUGGCAUUUCUUCAUUCAAUGCCUGAUUCAGUGUGGUGCUGAGGAACUUUGUCUUCCUCGGAUACGAGCUGCUCUGCAGAAUCGGGCACUGUGUUCUGAUGGAUAUCAGGAUUUUAUUCCAGGUCGCAGUGAUGAAGGAUUGCUGUCUUACGUUUUGACUUCCCUUUCAUUUUAGCUAUUUAUUUAUGUCCAUAUCUGACUGCCUUGUGCUGCUUGUUUUCACGCAAUCUCUGUUUUAAUUGUAUGAUGCAGAGCCCAAAGGGACUUGGGAGUUUGGGUAGAGCCCACGGAUUGGGGCAGCUCUGCAUCCGUGCAGCCACUGUAGCUUUGGUGAAGUUGGUGAAAUUCCGGCAUGCGUUGGAGCAAAUCUGAAUUGAAAAGGGACUCCGCUGCCUUCAUCCGAGCCUUGCUUCCUUGUAAGCCUAGCAAACAGAGCUUCCCCAGAAUCCCCUGAUGCUGCAUUUGUAAAGCGAUGGACUGUAAGCCGCACACGUCCCAGUCCUGCGAACACUUUAGAGCCAUGUUUAAUUUAUCCACUACGAAUACUUCCAUUAAUGUCGAUAGAACAGCUAGUGUGCAUUCACGGUUGAAAAAACGGGCCUUGUUUUCUCAAUCUGUUUCUGUUUCUGAGCCCUUCAGGGUUUCAUUUGGGUUUUUGCUUUUUUUCUUUUAACUUGCAGCGUGCUUCUCAGAUAGUAAUUCUGGUAAUGCACACAAGCAUUGCCUUCUCUCUCUGGGAAGUUGUUAGCCUGGCAGUGCGAGUCAGCCGUGUCCUGGUGUUAGCACGGACACUGCUGGAAAAACAGCCCCUAACUGGUUCAUCUGGGAUAAGAGUUGCAGCAGAAGCAGUGAUUUCCUUAAAAGAUGGAUUUUCUCCUUUUGGCUGGAAUUAAGAGCAUGACUCAGGCAUCCUCUAUGGUCUUAUCUUGUGGUCCCUGAAAGGAAAAGAGACUCAGGAGAGCGUUUUAUUUUUAAAAGCAGUUAAAUCUGAUUCACUGAAGAGGAAUGUUCAAAAUCAAGAGUUCUGCGAACACAUCUCCUUUUGAAUUACGUACUGAGCGGAAUCCUGCUCCCGUUGGAUUUGGCUGUUGAUUCCUGGAGGCCAGGAUUUCCCCCGUGGGAAUGAGAUUAUACUUCGCGUUUGGAGAUGCAGUCUGAAAAGAUGUCAAGGAUUUGAGUUUUCUUUUAAACGACAGAGAUUUCCAGUCCUGCUUACGGUCUGACCCCCGUCAUCCCCCAGGCAAGCUGUUUCUUUUCUGGCUCAUUCAGAGCCGUAGCAAGGCCGAUGUCUGUUCCGCAGGGUGGCAACUAUUCAGUUCAUUGAUUUAGGAAUUUUUCACCUCUUCCUCCUGCCUUCAGCUUAAUUCCAGGGCUCCUGCAGAAUGCAGGAGCCUGAAUUUCUCCAAAGCCCCCCCCCCACCUCCCAGGCCCUGGAGAGCUCUCCCUUCUUGUAUUUUCCACCCUUCAUCCUUUGCUCCUUGUGGUCUGCAUACCGUAGCUUCCCCCUCACCGGUGCUCCCAUCUUCAUGUGCUGAGAUGAUAGGAAAACAGUAAAUGAAAGUCUGAACGUGGAGCAAAUGACGUUAUCUUACGCAGCAUUGGAAUCGUAUGACUGUGGGGUGUCUGUGAAGAGGACGUAAGAAACACACCACCAGAGGAAUUUAUCUUGAGACCCUGCUACAGCGGCCGCAUCUCGGGAAUGAUGCCUGUUCAGACUCCAGCGGGUCGUCAUCCGUUUUCAUCCUGCCCCUCUUGGUUGUUUGGGGUUUUUUUUUAAGUUGUUUCGUUUUGCAGAAGAAGUUGUUUUGUUUUACAAAAGCCCUUCGAUGCGUUCGGGGUUGUGUGAAGGCAUAAACAGCCUUCGAAAAGAAGCGCUCUUCAAGCUGAAUCAGGGCUGGGGAUUUCACGGGACAGUUUGGGUUGGACUUGUCGUUAGUCGGAGUCACGUUGUACCGGUGUGAAACACGGUAAAAAUUGGCAGGAAAUACCGUUCGGCUUCAUAAUUAACACAAAAAUGCGUUUUAAAGGAAAGAGCUGCACGUGUUUCCUCUCCGCUCGCCCCAGACCAAAGUUCAAUAUCCUAAAUUUCUCCUGCGGAAGGCGGGCAUCGCCGUCGCCUGCGGAAAUAGAGGGAAGAAAGUCUCCUCCCGGCCUCCCUGGCGCGGCUGCUGCGAGAGGCGCGAGUCCCGGACCGCGGGGGCAGCGGUUCCAAGGUUUUCGCCCCAUUUUGGUGCGCUCUCCCCUUCCCCUUCGUGUGAUAUAAAUCAUGUGAGAGAGAGAGAGAGACCGGAGCCGGCUGCACGACGCUUCUGUCGCCGUGAUGAGAGAUGAGGUACGCGACCACACGGACGUUUUGACGUGUAAAUGCUGGGUCUCUGACAAAUGUUUUAUUUUUAAAAUAUUUUUGCGUAUUCUCGACAAUUAUUUUACAUCUUUCAGUAUUGGAAAGAUAAAAAGUGUAAACAAAAUAAAAGCCAAACCUUUUAAUCUCAGGUGGUGAAGCGUACAGGGAGAUUAAAAGAAAAUGGUUCUUUCCUGAGUGGUCGUGAUGUAAAUACCCGCCUGGAAAUGUGCUUUUUUUUGUAGAUCCCCGGCUCCUCUGGCAUUCCCUUUGGACGUGGAGUGUACUUCCAACUUUUUUGGAAAUAUUGCAAAGAACGUGUUUAUUUACAUGCAAAUAAAGCUCUUUGG